AGUGAAAGAAUAAUAAAUAAGUCUUAUAUGUGUUAUUUAUUUAUUUUAUAAGAAAGACUCGGACUGGACGAAUCAACCAGGAUCCACGAGGAAUCCACAGCCGCCGUAUCUUACAAUAUUUUAUCAUUUACGCCAACAAGACGGCUCUUGGUAGGGAAGGGAGUGGGCGUCUCCGCGUCAGCGUUUAUGUUAUUACCGAAAAGUUGCAUGGUCGGAUGGAGGUAGUGGACAAUGAAAAUCCCUGUUUCCGACUUUGGCCCUAUUCACUAUCUUCCUCCUCCUCCAACACCGUACAUUUUCAUCUUUUUCACUCUCUGUUUGGCGUCUGUGAUCACAGUAUUGAAUAUUAUGAAAAAUCAGAUAUGCAGCUGUGCUGUGCAGAUUUCCCGUGUAAUUAAUUUCUGUACGACACUCCACUUACAGCGACACCAUGCUGCGAUGAUGAGUGAAAUAUGGGGUCGGAGGUAACUGCCGCAUCUUCUUGGGGCUUCAAUUUCGCACCUACACGUCUCCGCCACCCGGCACCCCUCCGCCGGUUUUCCUGAGGCAACCACACUGAUAUCAUUCUGUUCUUAAAAGCACAAAGGAUCCGAUUCCCAAAAAAAAAAAGAGUCAAAAAGAUGGGGUUUCUGGAACUACUGGAGGUGGCAUCUGCUCCCAUUCUGGAGGUCCUGCUUGUCAGUGCAAUGGGCGCUUUCCUCGCAACUGAACAUUGCAAUAAUCUCCUGUCACCCGACUUCCGCAAAUCCUUGAACAAGCUGGUUUUUACUGUCUUCACUCCUUCACUUGUAUUUGCUAGCUUCGCCCGGACUGUUUCGCUCCAGGAUAUGAUUUCCUGAAUGGUCAAGAUGUGAGGCUUUGUGGCUUUCUCCUGUUAUCGGCGUGAUUAUUUGGGUUGAGUCUUUCCCCCCUCCUUUGGAAUCGGGAGCAUGUUUCCAUCUUUAUUGGUGGUUUAUGCCGGUCAAUGUUGCACUCACAUUCUUAAUAGGAGGGAUUAUCGGAUGGAUGAUUGUAAAAUGCCUAAAGCCCAACCUGAAACUGGAAGGUCUUAUCAUUGCUUCUUGUUCAUCGGGAAAUUUAGGAAACCUUCCUAUCGUGAUUAUCCCUGCAAUCUGUUUUCAAAAAGGAGGCCCUUUUGGUGAUCAGGAUGCUUGUCAUUCUGCAGCACUCUCUUACUCAUCUUUCUCCAUGGCGCUUGGUGGGGUUUUUAUAUGGACUUAUACAUACCAGGUAAUGAGGAGCAGAUCCAUGAAAUUUAAGGCUCUUGAGGCUGCUGAGGUCUUGAAGGUCCCCAGCAUGGAUCGUGAGGCUCAUCCACAAACUCGCCUCCUCGAGGAUGCAGAUAAGCAAAAUGUCACUGUACAAGUUCCACCACCAAAUUGUAAUGAGGACUCCGAAAACCAAAAUGUGGUAGACCAAAGUUCGGCCAGCGUAAGUGAACCAUUUUGCCAUAGAGUUAUAGGGACUGUAGGCCAGAUUGUAGAGGAACUGAAGGCACCUCCGACAAUCGCUACGUUUUUCGGUUUCCUCUUUGGCGGGGUUUCUUGGUUGAGGAACCUAAUCAUCGGCGAGAAUGCUCCAUUCGCAGUGAUCCAAAACUCCAUUCAGUUAGUGGGGGAGGGAACAAUUCCUUGCAUCACCAUCUUGCUGGGCGGCAAUCUCACUCAAGGGCUGCGAUCGUCAAGUGUGAGAUUAUCGAGCGUCAUGAGCAUAAUAGUAUCCAAAUAUAUUGUGAUACCGACCAUCGGACUGUUUAUUGUGAAAGCCGCGGCAAACCUGAAGUUGCUGCCACCGUAUCCUCUGUUCCAGUACGUGCUGGUGAUGCAGUACGCGAUGCCACCUGCUAUGAAUAUCAGUACGAUGGCUCAGCUGUUUGACGUUGGACAGGAAGAGUGCUCGGUGAUACUCUUCUGGACGUAUGGCGCCGCAGCUAUAGCACUAACCGUCUGGUCAACAGUGCUCAUGUGGAUGUUAUCCUGAAAGAACUUAUCCUUUGGUUUGGGUGCUUUUUUUCAAUGGAAAAUUCGAUGUUAGAAGGUUCUUGUGCAUUCAUUCAUUCAUUCAUUCAUUCCAGUGACGGAAUAUAGGCAUACAUUUCUUCUGCAGUAGCUUCUUCCUAGUGGUGUCACUGUGAGAUCAGAUCUUAUAAAUGUAUCACAUUUUUGUGGACAAUUUUAAACCAGCUGCACUCACUUCAUUUUAACA